AUGGCGGGAGAGGAGCGAGCCGAUGAGGAGGCGAAGGUCCCGGACGACUUGUUCCUCGUUCCUCCACUCCAUCGCUACAGUGCCUUUCGCGCUGCUAAACUACUGCUGUGGAGCACCGACGGCUGA